AUGCAAUCUAUCUCGACCCCCGAGCGAACUUCACAUGGAGCCCCGGAUGCAUCCCUCCAGGCGGAGGCGAAGUAUCAAGACUGUCUUGCAUGCAGAAUCAUCGGUAGUGCAGCCUUGGCAGGGCUAGGCGUCCACUCCCUCAACCAGUCACGGGCUCAUCAGCCGGGCACGCCCAUGGGGAAGCGAAUCAUGGCGGGACUGGGUAUUUGUUUCCUUGCUGGAAGCUAUCUACGCUGGACUAAGUGA